UGAAACAAAAUCGUAGUAAUAUGUUAAGUAUAUUCUUGGAACUAUAUUAAAUGUAAAAUCAAAGCUGAAAGCCAUUCAACUUUAGUUUAAAAUACCUAAAGGAAUAUGGAUAACACUCUUGCCAAUUAAAAGUCAGUUUACAUAUAUAUCUAUUUAGUUGUUGUGUUUACCAAGAUGAAAUCCUCUCAGAUUUAUCAUAAUAUUAGUGAAAUACCUAACAAUAUGAGAAACGUUCAAUUCGGAAUAAAUCCGAUUACGACUCAAAUUAAUUGUGUAAUACGAGUUCUCCAGGAGUCUAUUGAGUUUGUGAAGAUAUCGUUGAUUUUGCCACAAAUUUUGGAAAAUCCUAUUAAAGUCAAGAGUGUUCUAGCUGGUACGCAAUUCGAACCAGCUCUACGCCUACUGGACGAUUAUAUAUUGCGACGUGAUAUAAUUAUGAAAUAUAAGCUACCGCCUUUGAGUGAUCAUGGUAUGAUCAAAAUAUUUGAUUUCUUUCUGCGCAACCAUAAGAUGCAUCACCUGUUUCCGAAUCUGUUUAAGAAAUUGACAGUGGAUGAUCGCAGUUUAUUAGUCACUUUUGAGAGGCUCUACAAAAUAUGUGAACAAAAUCUGCUACGAAAUGCUAAAAAGGAAAUCUCUAAUGAACGUCAGCUAAAUAAGAUCUACCAGGAGAAUGAAGCCGUUAAGAACAGCAUUAUAAAACUCAAAGCUGAUCUAGCAUUUCAGAUAGUCAAGGAACGAUGGCAAAUGGCUGCCAAAAUGGCGUAUCUGCAAAAGUGUGAGGAGAAACUAAACCGUAAGAAACAACAGAAUGAUAUGCGAAUGAGAGAUGCAAGUGAAAAAUGCCAGCGUAUAAUACAAGUAAAUCAAAAAACUGUCGCAGAAGAACAAAGUGUUCUAGAGAUAGAACUAAAGCAACUGCGUUUGGAAUUUGAAAAACAAGUAAAACAGAAUCAGCGCGAUGAAAAGAAAUGGCGGGACGAAAAAAACAAGUUGGAAAUAAAGCUACAGUCUGUCAUUAAGAAAUACGAUGAGACAAUUGGCCAACAAAUCCUCAAAGAUAUGGAUCUUCAAUUACAGUUGAAAGAGACGGCAAAAGAAAUGGAUAAAUUGAUGAUGAAAUAUCGUAAAAGUGAGACAAUUUACAAUGACAUUGUUAUAAAACGUGAGGAAGAAGAAGAAUUUCGCAAAAAGCGUCGUAUUUUGGCAUAUAUGAUGAAUCGAGCUGCUCGCAAAAUACAAAGAUAUUGGAGAAAUUGGCGAAGACAUCAACUGAAAAAAAAACGCCUUCAACAAAAGAAUUUCAAGAAGCAAAAUUAAUGAAUAAGAACGACAUACUUAUGAUUUUGGGAAAAUCAUUCGGAAACCGGGAAAAUUUCCAGUUAAAUAGAUGUAUUAAAAGGGUAUUUGCGUAUAAAGUGACAGUCGAUGAUCUUAUGAAUAUCAAUUCAAGUAAAAUAUAUUGAAAUGUUAAUCCUAAGCUCAUUGAUGGUUGAGAAAUGUUAAAAUGCAUAAUAAAUAAUAUGAAAUUCAAUCAGAGUA